GCUGUGCCCGGGUUGCUUAAAAGCAGCAGCAGCAGAGGAAGGCAGGGACAGGGAGCAAAGCAGCAGAGAUGGAGCUGUACCAGGUGCCCGCGGGCUCACUGGAUGCCUGGAUCGCGGAGCAUCUCCAGCCCAGCGAGGAAUUCCAGCUGCAGGUGAAAGACACUGUCCGGAGGAUCUGUGAUUUCCUGAAGGAGACGUGCUUUGACGACAUCAAGGUGUUCAAGACGGUGAAGGGCGGCUCCGCAGGGAAGGGGACGGCCCUGAAGAACAAUUCGGAUGCGGAUCUGGUCCUUUUCCUCAGCUGCUUCUCCAGCUACCGGGACCUGAUGGAGAACCGUGCGGCUGUGCUUGACACCGUCAAGCAGAAGCUGAACCGGUGCCAACAGACCAUCGCCUUCAGCGUUGACGUGGAGGUUUUCCAGCCAAAGAAGAAGGGCACCUGCCCGCGCUCGCUCUCCAUCACCAUCCAGUCGAAGAAGCGGUGGGAAUCCAUCGAGGUGGACGUGCUCCCGGCCUACGAUGCCUUAGGACAGGUGACUCCUGGUAGCAAACCUUCCCCCCAGGUCUAUGAGGAUUUGAUUCAGGCCGGAGCUGGGCCCGGUGAGUUCUGCACCUCCUUCACCGAGCUGCAGAGGGACUUCGUUAAGCGUCGCCCGGCCAAGCUCAAGAACCUGCUGCGGCUGGUCAAGCACUGGUACAAAGAGAUUUCCAAGACAACGUCGGGCUUGCCCCCCAAGUAUGCCCUGGAGCUCCUGACCAUCUACGCCUGGGAGACCGGCACCAAAGGGGCGGAGAACUUCAGCACAUCUGAGGGGUUCCGCACGGUGAUGGAGCUGCUGUGCCGGUACCAAGAGCUCUGCGUCUACUGGACCGAGUUCUACGAUUUCCAGUCCUCCGUGAUAGGGACCCAUGUCAAACGGCUGCUGCGGGAACCGUGCCCCGUGAUCCUGGAUCCAGCCGACCCGACGGGAACCUUGGGGCAGGGAAAGAGCUGGGCCCUGCUGGCGAGAGAAGCCGCCGUGUGCCGGAACCAGCUGUGCUGCAGGAACGGCCUCGCCCCCAUCCGCUGCUGGGAUGUGCAGCCAGCCAGACCCAUGCAGGUGAUGGUGAAGCAGCUCUCAGGGGUCAGCCUGGCCCUGCGGCUGAGCCCAUACACUACCAUAUGGGAGAUUAAGGAGGAGCUCGAGCGUGCAUGGGGCAUCUCUCCCUACACGCAGCGCCUGGCCCUGCAGGAGCCUGGCCUGGGAAACCAGCUGCUCCUGGACGAUCAGACCCUGGCAUCACACGGCAUCUUCUACGACACCACGGUUCUGAUGCUCACGACCGAGCCCCAGGAGAUGGAGAUCUUCGUGAAGGACCAUAACAGCAGAACCAUCCCCUAUGGCGUCCGCGCCAGUGACACUGUCCUGGGCCUGAAGAAGAUGAUCGAGGAUCGCACGGGUGUCUCCGCCAGCCAACAGCGCCUGACGUUCAACAGCAAAGAGCUGCAAGACGACUACACGCUCUCCCAUUACAGGAUCCGGAGCAAGAGCACGGUCUACCUGCUUUUGCGCCUCAGGGGUGGGUAAGAUGCUCACUGAGUCACUGGGACCUGCAUCCCAGCAGAGAGAGCAUCACAGUGGACUAUGUUUCCCAAGAUUCUUUGCAUGAUAAUUCAGGGCUUUGCUAACGCCUCCCACGUUCCAGAAUCAGCACCGCGUCCUUCUGUAGUGCCAGCCCAUCCCCACACCUCCUGCUGCAGCUCCUGGGAGCUCUUUCCCGCCGCUCCAU